AUGACUGUCACUGUUACCGUUACCAUCAUCGUGACCAUUACCAUCACCGUCACUAUCCUCGUUACCGUCCUCGUUACUGUUACCGUCACCAUCACUAUCACCAUUACCAUUACUGUUACCGUCACCGUUACCAUCAUCGUGACCAUUACCAUUACCGUUACUCUUUUUGUUAUUGUUACCGUCAUCGUUACCGGUACUGUUAUCGUUAACGUAAUCGGUACCGUGAUCGUGAUCAUCAAUGUUAUUGUCACCAUGACCAUGACCGUUACCACCACUGUGACCGUCUCCGUUACUAUCACUGUCACCGUUAUUAUUACCGUUACUGUCUCCAUCAUCGUUACUGUUACCGUCACCGUCACUACGACAUUGACCGUUACAGUUACUGUCAUUAUUACCGUCACUGUCAUCGUUAACGUCACCGUUACUAUUACCGUCACCGAUACCGUUAGCAUCAUCGUUACCAUUACUAUUACUGUCACUGUCAUCAUUACCAUUAUCGUUACCAUCACCAUAAUCGUUACCAUGAUUGUUACCGCCACCGUUACUGUCACCGUAACCGUUAUUUUAAUCAUUACCGUAACUGUUACCGUAAUUGUUACCUUCACCAUUAUUGUAACUAUUACCGUCACCAUUACGGUCACCAUUAUCGUCACUAUUACCAUUACUCUCAUUGUCACUGUCAACGUUACCAUAAUAGUUAUUGAAACCGUUACCAUUACCGUUACUGUCACUGUUACCGUGACCAUUGCUGUGACUAUUACCGUUAUUAUAAUACCUAGCUCUAAUGAAUUAAAUUGGCAAUAA